AAGCUAGCAAUGUCGUUUUCUCCUGCCCUGUCUACCCUUUUCUAUAUCGGUAAGAGAUCAAUCUUUCCAUAUUGUUUUCAGCAAGUCCAGCCUUUAAUUUUCGUACCUGAGAACGUCGUCUUGCUUAGGAUGAUUUUCUAUGUCUGCGCUUGGACUCGUCCCCCUUUCAGCCUUCCUUUGAGUAUCACUUCAGAAUAAGAUCUUUAUCCAUCGUUAUCUAUGAUGAUGUUAUAAAGUAAUCGUUCUCAUCUUCUGCGUUUCCCCGGGCUUUCUUGAUGAUUCACCUUCGUCAGUUAUUCAGAUUCACCCAACGCAAAAUCAUAGUGUAUCUUUCAUGUGGAUGAUUUUUCAUGACUGAGAAAGAGAAUCAAUCGGAGUCAUGGAUGUGAUGGUUGGUACAUGAGCAGAAAAGAAUCUUUCUAGCGAACGCUUUUACCUUAGAGAAUUUUUGCGAAGCGGGGUUUUUACUUUAGAAUAUGCUUGCUUUUCUCGAAGUUUUUACUUUAUCUACUCCUGUUCUUCAUCUCUCCGUCUGUAUUUUCGCGAAUUAGCGACGGAUGUGUAUGAACAAGAAAAUUGGCCUUGUUGGUAAUUGUAUCUAAGUACUACGUAAGAAUAAAUUUUUCCUCAACUUAAGAAAAACAGAAAAAACAUCUUGCCAAUCAAUGUUAUUCCACAAGCGCUACAGAAUGAGCAUCGUGUGACAUCAACAGUAGAGCAUGGUAGCGAAAAGUUUGACCUGAGAGAGGUGGUCUUUUAUAUAGGCCCAUCCUACACAUAGAUUUAAGAUAGAAGAUAUACAAUACCUCCGUGCUGACGAAUACAUGUCGUGAGCGCUCCUUUCUGAUCAUGUCGUGACCUCUGAUUUCUCACGAUCAGGAGAAAGAAGAAUGUUACCUCAGCGAAGUACAGGUGGUCCUUUGGGAGGACCCGGAGGUAAUUUUCCCUCACGCGGAGUGGGUAAUUCGCCCUACGGUCCUCCAUCUGCAGUGACGAAGAGCGAAGUGCGGCGUGAGCCUCUUCCCUUCUCCGAUGAGGAUGUCAGCGGUGAUGAGAUGGCUGGGAGAGGCGCCUUCUCAGGCAGAGGAGGCACGCGGCAUGGCAAGAAGCACAGCGAUAAGCGACGCCGUCAAGGCUUGGAUGGGUCGCGUCACGGCGGGAAUCUGCCAAGCGGGACCAACCCCCUUGUUUCUACAACUGUUGGCAGUACCCCCUUGUCCGCAGGCUUGUCGAGACAGGGACAGAGUGCAUCGUCAAAUGGACAAAUAUGCGGUGAAAACGUUUUUCACUUGCCAGUCGUGAAGCGGAGUUGGAGCUACCCGGUUUGUGCAGCGGAUUUGGGCAAACUCGUGCAGUCGCGAUGCGGGAAGCGCAGACGACGGAAGGCGGAUAGCGCUCAAGCAGUCGCGCCGUCUGCGACGUCGCCACUGGGCAACCGCCGACGGAGCAGCACACGAGAGCAUGGGCCCGGCGGACCCGGCUCCGCACAGCAAAUCAUGCUAGGUGAGCUGCUGGCGGAAGCGACCCAGAGCACUCCCACAAAACGUCAUAGGAGUAGUCGUGGCAUCGCAGAGGGAAGCCCUGUGUCGGUUGGAAGUGAAAAAGUUCCGGCUCCGCCGGCUGGCGCGAGCAAAAGGCUCUCGUCGGCUGUGCACCUAGAGAGCGAAGUAAGCGCUGCACAUCAUGCGUUUACGAAUUUUCCCACCGCUGCUCCCAAGAUGAUGCGGGACCGGUCCCCGUCAGGUGUGGGAUCCCUCUCCCGGCAGGCAACAGCUAAUACGGAAGUGCCGCGACAGUUUACGACCAAUACGGACUGGCACCUAAGUCGACACCCGAGUCGCAGCAGCGCACGGCAGCAGAGCAAAACGAGCCCACCACUUGGCGGUCAGACCGCAAUUGAACGGAACGAUUUCACCUCCUCCUCGGACGAGGAUGCGGACGACAUUUUCGACUCGCGGUAUCUCAACCUCACGCCGCUCGCGCGUAGUGGCUUCGGACGAGUCUACAAGGCGCUCGAUGUCUACAACGACGGUGCACCCGUGGCAGUAAAAAUGGAAUCGCUCUCCGCCUUGGAUCAUGUACUUAUUGCUGAGGCGCGCGCGUUAGAAGACUUGCAGGGUGUUCUAGGAGUUCCAAAACUCUACGGGUACUAUGAUUUGGUUAUUUUCGUGGCCGUGCAGUUCAAGGUGAAGACGCAAGAGAUGUUUGAGCAGGAAACGGUUAAAUCAGCUAGCCAAAUCAAGGCGAGUAGACAAGUUCGCCCAUGAUUUUCGACAAUUAUGACGUUGGAUUCAGUCUUUUGAAUAGUUUUUGUUUUACUUUACAACUGCUUGUAGAAAGAUCCACAGUGUACUAUCUUCGAAAUCUUUUUGCACUAUUCUCUUCAGGUAUGGAUCGCAGUUCAUCCAAAACUUUCUAGUGAUGGAGCUCGUGGGUCCCAAUUUGAGCAUGAUGAUGGAGCGACAUCCCCCCUUCGAUGUGAAGACUUGGGUCCUGCUAGGCUUGCAAAUAGCCCGCAUCUUAGAACAGAUCCAUCGACGUGGCUACGUUCAUCGCGACAUCAAGCCAAGCAACUUUGCUUUGACCUUUCCUGAGAGCAAGACUUCUAAGUCUAACUUGAUGGAAUGGAGCUCGGAUCAAUUGUUCCACCGCAGGGGCGCUCGGUCACCCUCCCGCUCGUCGCUGAGCGGAGUUGGGCGCUCGUCUCCUGGUGCGGGAGUUGUAAACCAUGCUGGAGCUGCUCUUGCUGUUGCUGGUGCCAGUGUGCAGCUUGUGGACGGAGGACGUGCAAAAAAUGUUAGUCUGCUCGGAGGUGUUGAACGGGGAAUGUCAAGAACAUCUACCAGGGGAAAUGCAACCCCAACGGCUGGCGUCGUAGCAGCUUCAACGAACUCUCGCGAAUCGAUUAAGCAGAGGCAGGAUGCAUUUGCGAUUUCACAGGAGAAGGGCACCUUCCGGGUGGGCGAAAAGGGGUGGGCUUAUAACUACGGAAAGUGCAUCGUGUUACUGGAUUAUGGUCUGGCCAAAAAGGUAGAGCGGCGUCCGAAGAACGUGCUCUUUCGGAAAAGUCGGAAUAAGAAGAAGUUGGUGCCGCCCCCGAUCCCAGAGGUCGAAGCUUUGAGGAUGCGAGGUGAAGAGCUCGCGAAAGAGGCGGUAGGCUUGAUAUCUGUAGGACCAGGCCUCCCACUUUCGCGGGGGCCGUCACGAGGAGCCGCGGUAAACGUCGGCGUUGCGCCGUGUCUGGGUUCUGGGGGACCAACACUUGGCUCUCACUCGACAUUGAGCGAACAGUUAUCCGGGGAUGGUUCUAAGCAUGUAGUAGAGGCAAAGGUUACGGACGGCCCACGAAGAAACAACUUCACGGCGCUAAGCGACGGGAGCGUAAAAUUGGAGGCAGAUUCCACUAAGCAAGGUAGUUCGCGGAAAAGCCCGACCACUCGGAUAGGCGGAAAUGGUCAAAGCGCGAAUGAACUGCUUGAGUCCGAGGAUGAAGUCCAAGGUUCGGCAAGCAAGUCCAUGCCGAUCUCAACUUCUACGCUGAAGGCAGAGGUGAAAGAGCUUCGCGGCCGUGGCGGGAUUGAAGAAGGCUCAUCAGAUGCGAUACAACUGCGCGCGAAUUCAAAUACUCGUCUUCUCGAAGUAGAAGAUGUUUGCACGGACAGCAAACAGAGCGGCGGCGAGACGACCUUUAAUAUGGAAAUAAUUGGGGCACCAGGAGGACCAGAAGCAGGUCCACAACAACCAGCAGGAGUUGGCAAUAGCAAACAAACGCAUGUUGAUGGGUCCUCGGACAAAGCUGAAUCUUCCGCAAUGUAUUUGACAAGGCAUGCAUUCUCGGUGUCAAAGUCGGCUUCAAAUCCGAAUUUGUCUGAAGAGAUAAACACCGAGAAACACGCGAAUGCGUCCAGAACACUGUCCACGGCAAGAUCGUCGGACACGCAGACAAAUAGUGUGGUGCUUGCAGGUGCUUCUACUAGGCCUAACAAGGCUAGUCUGGGUACAGGACCGUGGAGGCCGGGAAGCGUGGAAACUAGUAGCGAAAGAGGGACUGGCGCAUUUUGUCAGCGCAACAACUUCGUUUCUGGUUCAGCUGCAGCUGUCGUCGACGUGCAGCAAUCGAUGACGAGUAGUGCGAAGAUGAAUCCUACAGAUUAUAUAAGUAAUUCGACCACGACCACGACGAAAAUACCGGCUUCAGUAAUAUCCUCCUCAGUUGAAGUAGAGCUAGCAGUUACUCGGCUAGCAAGAGCGGGACGAGGCAUGAGCCUAGACCACCACCUUCAAGACCUAGUCGGCCCUCGCAGUUUUGAAUUGGCGUCUAGCGAGGGUCUGAAGCUGUCGAAAUCAACUCCGAUUGGUAUUAAAAGCGUGACCGUGGCGGAACAAGGUCUCAAGAGUAUGAAUCCAUUGCAGAGGAGUCGAAGUGCCUGUUCCUCAAUGGAGUUCGUUGCGACUGCUAAAAAAGAAGCCAAGCGGCGUUCAGAUCAAGUGUACUACGAACGCGGGGCGCGAGACCUAGCCGCGCCGUCACCAGUUGGCUCUCGGCUUAGCGGCAAUCCACCGGGUAGAUCUCCAAGCAGCAGUGAGCCACUUGCGCCGGGAACUGUUUUUGCCCCCAUGCGGGUACUCGAGAAUGUCGACGUCGAGAGCACGGCCGGGGAGUCCUCAGCGGCACCGCCUACAGUCAUUGGCUCGGAACCGGUGACAAUAGGCAGUGCUGGCGUUUUGUCGCAAAAGCUUCGCUUUUCGCCAGAACCUUGCCAGACCCGAUCGCUGAGUCGGGAGGCGCUCGACUCGUUGCCAGCUGGAAAAAACAUGUUGCAUCGCAGUGAUAGUUUUCAGUCGAUGCCGGUGGUGAGCGCAGUGGAGUAUCUUGGCGCGUCGCGGCAAGGGGAGCAGUUGCCUGGCCGCAGUGGGGUGGAGACCAGCUUUGAAUCUGGCGGUAGAGCACCGCCCGAUGCGUUUGCUGGGGCGGCGGGCGCGCCGCGUUUUCCCUUGCUGCGUGGGUCGUCCACAGAACUAGAAGAUGUCGGGGCACUGUCUGGGACCCUGCGGGAGGCGACCUCGAGCAAUCGCCGAAGCAUCGAGAUGAAGCGCGAAUACGAGCUGGACGGAAGCCGCGCCAAUCUGUCGGAUGGCAACUUGAAUGUCUCGAGCAGUCUCUACAAGAAUUACGCAGGUGGAGCAUCGAAUCCCAACUCGGGAACUGGUGUGUGUCGUGGUAGUGGUCGUCAUCGAUCCGCAGUUGACGAGGCUGAUCUCUACCGGCGCGCAUUUGAAAUUCUUUCCUCCUCGAACGUCACGGACGUUCUACGCAUUCUGACAACUGGAAAUAUGCUUUCUACGUUCGUGCUGUCGGGAAUGCGGGAGGGUGCGCUGCCCGUUGCCGGCGUCGAGGAGCAGCGGAUUAUGCGGGCCCUAAUGAAAGACGACCUCAUGCGAUCCUCUGGCAGGAGCUCUUCUGGGCGUGGCGGGCGUAACCAGAGCACUUUGAUGUCGUCUGGAGAUGGACAUAGUGCCAACAAUAAUAUGACUCCGCAGGAAGCGGUCGCGGGUUAUGAGGAGAGUCUCACCAGUGGGGGCGCUUCGCCCUUGGGGUCUCUUGAGCUCCCUGGAAUGAUCGCAGCUGCAAGGGGACGCAACCCGCUGGGCUCGAGGGGCGUAACGGCGGGCUCGUUCGCGUCCUCAGGUCUUUCGUUUGUUCCGGACCCAACACGGCCGAAAGGUCGAGCGUCAGCGCCUGCCUCGGCUAGCCACGUCUGGGGAGAAAUACCUACAACGAGCCAACAGCUGGGAACAUAUAAGCAGCGCUACACAUCCAACAUCGAUGAAGUGUCUGCGCUCAUGCAGAGCCAGUCUUACCUUCAGAGUGUCACGGAAAACUACCAAGUAACGAGAAGCACUACCACAAGCAUUCUUGCAGGUGGUCCCCGUUCCGGACGCGAACUAGUUCAGCCGUUCCUUGGAUCUGAGCUUUUGAACCAGGAUAGCUCAGCUUCCAGAGAACGAGCUCUUCGCCUACUUGCUGCUGGGGCCACUCAGGCCGGUGAGACUGGUAGUAUGGACGUGAGUCUGGUCGCACGUCUCGGGCGCGUGCACAUGAUGCAGCACAAUGGGGUGGAUGCUGCCGCUUCAGACAGCGUAACGAUAGAAGGGGCAAACGUUUCGUCCACUACAUUGACGAGGAACGUCGCCGUACUCGACGGGCUGGAGGCUAAGAGUGGCUACGACCCUAAGUCAUGCACUCAUGCCUCGCCUGUCUCUGACAAUUCCGUGGCAGCACAUAGUACGGCAUAUUCAAGCGGAGGCAUGGCCAACAAGAGGAUCCCUGGAGAUCAAAAAGGAGAGGGCGGCGAGAGACAGCAGACAAGGAGGACCAGGCACGAAGCAAUAUCACCACUCGAGGAGAUUCUGUCUCACAAUGAGCGGACGGCGUCAAAGGACCUUUCCGGGGAAAGCUUCAUCGGGGGUCCUUUAUCCACUACCAAUGCAGCUUUGGUGGGGUCGGGCUUCGGCUUUCGGGCUCGCACGGUAUCGGAUCUUGUGGCCCGCCAUGUAUCUCGGGUUGUACCCGGUUCGUCUUCGCCGCCAACGUUGCAGCGGUCGCCGGGGCGGAGCAACAGAGAUCGCACCGGAUCGCCGCACGGAAAGCAAGGACCCGCGUCGAGCAAGCACGUUUCGUCGUCGUCGCAGUUUUCUAUCGGCGUAGGCGCUCCUGUUCCGCAUGCGCGGGAACGUGAUGGCGAUGGUGCUGAAUCAAGCGAGCUUGAGAUCGCUGCUUCACCUUCGCAGUACCAGCAGCUUGUUCCUAGUCCUCAAGGCAGACUUGUGCCGUCGCAGAGUCUGAGGCUGUUGCUUCAGGACGCGGACUUUCUAGUGCCACGCAAGCGCAUUUGGUUCAAGCAGAUUAAGGUGGAGGACCUAGUGCAAGAUCGCCUUGCAGCCCGGGCGCGUGAGAUUUUGAUCCGAUCCACUCUAGACCAGGCGCCGGCCUCACGUUUCCACACGGUCUCGGCGUAUUUGAAGAGCGCCGAGCGGCGAAACCGUCUGAAAAUGACACGACUCCUUGAUAAUGCCAUCAUUCCAGUUCCUCGCGCGCAAAAUGGCAAGAAGACGAGGAAAGCGCUACUUCGGAAGAGCAACUCGAUUAGCUUCGGGGAAAUAGCCGUUGAGGGCAGCAACGGCAAGGUUGCAACUCCACCACAACCUCCGGAAGGGCUAAUUGAGAAGCUGAAGAAAAGGAGCGCAGACAGCGCUGCGAAAUCUUAUGAAGGAGGGCGAUCAGAGCAGGAUCAGAGCGACAGACCCGAGACACUGGAAGAAUUUAGAAAGAGGAGUGAAAGACAUCCGAUGGGAUUGAUCAUGGCUUUCUCGGUUCCCCAGGAGGCAACUCCUACGGGAAGGGCUGCUGUGCCAGCACCACCUGUUGCGGGUUUAGGUCCGCAGCUCAAGAGCAGGAGUUCCGACAGUGCUGGGAAAUCUUCGGAAGGUGGGCGAUCCGAUCCGUUUCAGAGUGACAGGCCCGUAACAGUGGAGGAUUUGGAGGCACAGUUUAAAAGGAGGAGUCAAAGACACCCGAUGGGAAUAUUCAUGGCAUCCCCAUUUGCAAAGGCGUCCACAAAAACGACGGCACUAACAAGUUUAGGAUCAACGUUGACACGUGAGGCAGGAAACCCACACGACGACGUUGACACUCCUCACAAGGACCAGCUUGCGCUACAUCUUCAGUCACAAAAUGGCCGAUUGGCGCGCUCUGCCUCUGGCGUUCGAUUUGCUCGAGAUGGAAGUGAAGCAAGCCUUUCCAUAGCAUCGACCGCGGUAUUGGAGCGUGGCAAGAGUACCUCUAAGGAGGAGGGGUCGAUGGCGGGGGAUGGUAGCCUGUCAACGGCUUCGGAAGCCUCGGACUUGGACUCGGAGGACUUGUACCAUUCCGACGAUGAAGAUUUGGUUGGGACAGUCGAGUACGCGUCUCCGCGGGCACACGAGCCAGGACGCAGCCGGUAUCUGGACGAGCUCGACGAUUUGUACGCAUUCGGGUACACCAUGGUGGCCAUGGUCACUCGCGGGCGGCUGCCGUGGACCCCCACAACGCAACCCCGGCCAGGGCGAAACUCCCCGCCGCCGAGAGGCGGCGUGGGGACCGCGUUUAGGCGGAACGCGUCACAAGACCGACCGCCAAACGGGAAGAAUCUCCUCCUCGCCAACGCAGAAGAGAUUGGGCGCCUGAAACGUGAUAUUCCCAUCGAGGAGCUCUGCAAGAACUGCCCACCGCAGUUUGCCCAAUUUUUCCGCGUGUUGGAGGACAUGAUGACAUUGCAAGACGAAGCUGCCACCCACCGCGCUACUGACCGACUCAUGAGGCGGCAACGCCAGGAGGGGCCAUCUCGUAACAGCAGCUUGGGAGCGGGCGGUGCCACUAGCGGCGCGGACAAUAACAGCAACCACGCGAGGACCGCGACAGCAACAGCCGCAUUCUCGCCGAAUAACCCUGAUUUUGUAACCUCGGCUGCGGAGCGGAGUUCUCGGAAAUCAAGAUCCGCGCCAGUCGUGAGCUGCCACCCACGCGAAAUCGUCAUGCCGAGGAUUACCGACGGCGGCGGGCUCGGCCGGUCACGAACCACGCCAGCGCCAAAGUAUCGAGUAGACUUAGUUUGCAACAUGGAAGACUACAGUUGGAUCGAGGAUCUCUUUCUCAAGAUCGCAGAUGAAGAGCAGAUCGACCUCCAAGAUUGCGGUUACUACUGGGAUCGCACUAGGAGCAUCGCGGGCGACCACCUGGAGGCGCCGAAUAGCUACCCGAAGGCUCUCAAGAUGCUCGAACUGCGCAGGAGCUUUCGAUGA